AUGCUCGACUACUCCAAGUUCGAUCGUGUGUUUCCCUCUGGCCGGCAAAGCCCUUACGAUCGCGCGCUUCAGCAUGAGAUUGAGGAUCAUCGUAAGGGCCUGGAGGGCACCCUCUUCAUCGACCGCGUCAUGAAAUCCCUGGGUAUCUCCAAAGGGAAACCUUACCCUCCCAAGUCUGAUGGCGCACUGCGACAGCUGCACCAGCAAAUAUGCGAGGCGGCCAUGUCAAUCCACCACAAGCAGUCUCUCCUCUAUUACAUCCUGCUCGACUUCGACGCGAUUGGCGGCCAAGGCUCCGCCUCGCAGGUAUUCGCAUCUGAAUCCGGCAUGCCCACAAUCUACCAAACCUUUAUGAAAGGCUUGUGGCACAUGGACAGGCAGGAUUACCAGCAAGCCCUGGAGUGCGUGGCGCAUCCGUCGCUGAGCCCCGAUUUUGCCGACGAAAUCAUCAUUGCGCUGGUUCGCCAUGCACCCAACGACGACUACAGCCUCGCUCUGUCAUACUUUUACACGGUGCGGCCAAUCCUCAAGUCGUCGUCGGCGCUCGAGCAGCUCUUUGAUGCCAUGAUACGCACCAACGCCACCGAGGCCCUGCUUUUCUCCCGGUCGCACCCUCAACACACUCGCGAGCAACUGUUUCGACGAUGGGUCUGGGGAACCCUAGAGGAUGGCCGGGGCCAAGGCUCGCCGAGCGGGCGUGGCGAGCUGGCCUUUAUGCCGCUUGAUUCGACCGAGGAAAACUGGUUCGAAGAGUACCUGACUACAGGAGAAGGGAGAAAUCUUAAAAGGGCAAAGGACACGCUGCUCAUUCGCAAGAUUGCCUGUGAUCGCUUUGCCGAUGUUGGCAAGCAAAGAGCCGGUGGGCAGUGGGCUGCCGUACUCGAGGGGAUCAAGAAUGGAACCCAGGGUCAUGGUGACUGA